GAUAAUGAAAAGGCUGGCAGGAUCUUCUGUCGCACGCGCUGGACCCCCUCUCGUCGGCGUACGCGUCGCUCAAUGGUCGGCAGCAGACUGUGCUGAAGGUGGCCAGCCUUUUCAUUAUCAACUUCCCAUCCCUGCUGACUCAGGAUAUCAAUUAUCGGUUGAAUGGGCGUGGGGUCGGCUUCCCACUCGAUCGCCCACAGCAGGGCGUCGCGAAUAGUUGGCGUGCUCUUCUGAGAAGCCAUAUUUGACGCGCUUUUGUUUACUAUACCUAUCGAGCGCAAAGUUCCUGAUUUUUUGGGGCCUAGGAGCCCAAAGAACAGACUGGGAUGAAGGUUUUCUUUUUGCAUGGAGGUCGGGUUUCUCCAGCUAACGGCUCGGAUUUAAAUUGUCACUCAUUCAGCAGUGUCUUGGUCGUUCUUUUGUCGCGUGCAUCACCAAGGGGCAGGUACACGUUGCUGCGGGUGCUGCGCUGGCUGCUGCCACAGCUGGACGCCGCCGCCCUGGCCGCCCGCACCAAGGCGCACUGGGGCCCGCUGCACACGGCCGCGCGCGCCCCACACCGGCAGCUGGCGGUGGAGGUGACGGAGCUGCUGCUGCGGCGCGGCGAGCAGCUGGGGCUGUUCACGGAGGAGGCGAUGCAGCAGCGCGGCACCUCGGCGCUGCUGUCUGACCUGAGUUUCAACAAGUUCUACCUGGGGAUGAAAGCACGGUCUGUGCUGGACGAGGCAGUCUGGCGGGUGUGGCCGCAGCAGCAGGAGGAGCAGCUGCAGCAGCGGCAGGACGGUACCGCAGUGGUGGUGACAGUAGUGGUGCGGCGGCGGCCGGCGGUGCGUGAGGACAUCAGGAGUGAGGAGCAGCUGGCCGCGGCCAUGGCGCGGCUAGCGCGGCUGGACCUGCUGCCGGCUGCUGCUGCUGGCACUGGCACUGGCUGGGGUCGCUAGGCAUGCGGUUGUGGAAGGGGGCCUGGACUCAUGCUGCUGCUGCAGCAGCAGCCACAGCGGGCCCCAGCUGCUGCAGGCACUGAUGGCUGGCGGACUAGGCGGUCGGUUGCAGAGGAGACGUAGGACCGCAGCGAAGGGGCUUGACGCGUGUGGUUCUGACUUGCGACUGCCGGAGUGCAGACGCCUGCCUUCAGCCUUUGCAGUGUGGGGGACUGGAGACUGCUGGAGAACCCCGAGGCCCGAGAUCGGGGCACGGCUGUGUGUGUGCGCCACUGGGCCGUCGCGUGAACGUGUAGAAGCCCAGGGACAGGCCAGUGCCGGUCUGGUUAUGCAUGGGUGAACGCGUCAGCACAUUUUGAUUGUCACAGUAACACUGGAAUAAGCCGUUGCAUAGUAUGAGGACACAAGACAGCAUACGGGUGCACAUGUCCGCGUGUCCACAUGUUGGUCGGUCAAAGAUGUGUUCCCAAGGCGGAUCAUUUUACAUUCGCGAUAGAGCUCAUCAAAAGCAGUCGAUUGGCACCAACCUGACAAAAACUACCAACCU